AUGGCCUCGAUAGAACCAACACAUAAACGCCGAAGAAAAGGACUUUUUGCAAAUGAUCUCCGCUCGUUGCUAUUUGCUUUUGGUGACGUGGAUUCGCCCGACCAAGAAACAGUAGCAGCUCUCGAUGACAUUCUUCAGGAUUUCAUUAUUGAUCUUUGCUACGAAGCUUCGCGCGUUUCACGCACUGCCCAUCGCACUAAGAUUAAGGUUGACGAUUUCAAGUUCGCGAUUCGUAAAGAUGCACGUAAACUUGCGCGUGUUGAGGACCUGCUCAUGUUGCAAAAGGUCAUUACUGAUGCAAAGAAGAUUUUCGACGACAAAGAAGGUCGUGCACUAGCCAAGAAAAACGAAAAGGAACGUGAACGUGAAAGAGAACGUGAAAGGAAGAAGGAGCGCGAGCGCGAAAAUGAGAAAAUGAUGGCGGCGGCAGCGGCGGCCAUGGCUAACGCAACAGCUAUGGCUAAUGCAGCGGCCAAUGCAGCAGCCAAUGCAGCAGCAGCAGCAGCAGGAAACUCGAGUGAUUCUUAA